AUGUCUAAAACACCGAGAGAAAGAGCAGGAAGAGAACCAAAAAUGGGAAAAGUAGGAAUGCUUACCAUUCAAUUUGAAGAUUGUAAGGGUAGUGCAUUAGGAUAUAUUGUAUGUGAUGUUGACCACCUAACAUACAUUACUACAAAAAAGAAAGCAAGUAAAACAUUAAAGAUAGAUGAAACAUUAUAUUUUCCAAUAAAUAGUGCAAGACCAAACAUUCAUUUCUUUUUAUAUAAACCACGUUUAAUUGGAAGUAAAUGUGUUGGAUUUUAUCAAUUAAAUAUGGCAGAUAUAAAAGAAGGUGAUGAAGAAUUACAUUACGUUCAAAGCAUAAAGAAACCUAAAAACAUUCUUGAGCCAGACAUUGGAGAAGUUAGACCACCUGAAGAAACUGGAAUGGGAAAUGAUAAAAAGAAAAAAAAGAAAGAAAAAGUAUUACCACAAUUUAAAGUUUCAAUGAAAUUUACACCAAUUCCAGUAGAAGAAAAAAAAUUAGAUGGAAUUGUUCUUGAAGGAGAAUGGAAAAAAGGAUUUGAUUCAGGAAAUAUUAUUUCAAAUCCUAGAUGGUAUGAAAAUCCACAAUUUUUAUUAACAUUAACAGGAAAAUUACAUAUUAAAGUAUGUUUAAAACAAGAUAAUAUUAAUAAUAGAGUUACAUUCUUUAUUGUUAAAUAUGACCAAGUAUUUUAUGAAAAUAGACCAUUAACUUUAUUUGAUCCAAAUGAAGUUAUUAAAAUAGAUGAAAAUUUCUUAAAUACUAUGGCUUCUGAUAAUAUUGAACAUUCAUUUGAAUUGGAUGCUGGUUCUUAUGUUAUCAUUCCAACUAAUCUUAAUAGAAUUUCUAGUAUUAAUCCAGAACCUUAUCAUGGUAAAUUCAAAAUUGCUGUUUCAACAGAACAUAUGGAAGCUAUUGAAUUUAUUCCAAUUGAUUAUAACAAACAAUGGAAAUUCUUUGAAGAUAGUAAAAAGUGGACACAAACUAGUAAUGGAGGAGCUGAUAGAGGAAGUCCAUAUGAAUUUUAUCAUAAUUACCAAUAUGUAAUAGAAACCAAGAAGGAUACUAAAAUGUCUAUUACCAUGGAACAACCUGAUAAUAAAAAUAAAAUUGGGUUUUAUCUUUUUGAAACAAAACAAACUGAUAGAAAAGAAAUUGAUUUUGGUGAAUUGGUUGAAGAAACUUCAAACUUGAUUUCAAAUGUUUGUGUUGGAAAGAAUUUUAAAUUAAGAGAAGGUAAAUAUAUUUUAGUUCCAUGUACUUCAGAAGCUGGAGAAGUUGGGGAAUUUAAAUUAAAAAUUUAUUAUGAAGAAGAAAGUGUUAUAAUUAAAGAAUUAACAAAAGAAUGGUCAAACAUUGUUUCAGUUAAUGGUGAAUGGAACGAAGGAACAGCAGGAGGAAGUGUUGAUGAUCCAGAUUCAUUUAUAAAAAAUCCACAAUAUCUUAUUAAAGCAAAAUACAAUAAAGAAGAAUGUAAAGACAUUAUCAUUUUAUUAUCACAAUUUAUUGGAGUGUCAGGAAAGAUUGAAAGUAUUGGAUUACCAGUAUUUGUUAAUCUUGAACAAAGGUUAGAUGCUGAUGAUAUAAAUGAAGAUAAUUUAGUUAAUUUACCAGAGGCAUGGGUAAGAAAUAGAAAUGUAUUUACUUGUUUUGAAGUCGAUGAAGAAGAUGGAUUAGAAGUUAUUGUCAUUCCAUCAACAAUGAAACCAAAUACAUUUGCUAAUUUUAAAAUUACUAUUUUAACUGAUGUGAAAGAUGUGACAAUUGAGGCAUUAGAAUAA